AUGCGGCGCCCACAAAGAGGCAAGCAGGCAAGGCAGGCCCAGGGAGAGGAUCGCGAGAAGCGAGCGGGCGGGCAAAAAGGGGACCCAGCCUCAACACUCAACCCCAUGUUGGACGAGACGUUGAGCGUUACGGGCGGCAUAAUGGGGUCUGUUAUUCAGGUCAAGACGAGUGAGAUUCGUCACUAUUUCGCCCCCCAGCCAGCCAGCCAGCCAGCCAUGUCAGCAGUAAUAGCAAGCAAGCAAGGAAGCAAGGCAAGCAAGAAGCGGGAGGAAUCGCCUACGCCCAUCCAUGAUGAAAUCUACGAUGCACGUAACCCCUCUUUUCAUCCGUCUUCCCGUUUCCCGAGCUUGGCCAAACACAAAGCCAUUGUCAUGCCAUCUGUUCCCAAUGGCAACGACAAAACCAUUCAACAUCGAAAAGGGACGAUCCUGGCGAGUUUUGACGGCUUGCCUGCAUGA